CUCUAUCGGCGCAACAGACCAAUCCAUAGAUGCAGGGUUAUGAUUGACAAUUCAAUUAAAUAUGCCAACAAGCUUCAAAGCAAAUCCUCGCAAGCUAAGAAGGACGCAAAAUGCAUGCGUCGCCUGCCGGCAGAGUAAGAUCAAGUGUUCUGGUGAAGAGCCAUGCACCAACUGUCGACGACGAGUCAUGAGGUGCCGGUUCGUGGAAACAGGGAGCAAGGUCAUGGUAGCAGAGAGAUAUUUCCAGGAACUGCAGAACCAGGCUAGACUUCAGCAGCAGCAGCAUACAUUUGCAGUAAGGAUCCCAUCUGGGAGUACCUGUCCGGAGGAUAGAUGUCCUCCGGCGGACUUACCACAGGCUCAGCCGAUCGAUCACACGAGAAGUAUUUGGACAAGUCCAUUUAGCCUUCCUUCGAGAAUCCUUAAAGAUGCCCGUGACAGCAAGCGCAAUUGGAUUUGGCUUGCUCCCUCUUCUCUAUGGUCACUCACUGCACGACUGAAGGUCAUGAUAACAGAAAAGCUUAGUCUCGAAUCUCUAAACAAUAGUCCCGGCCUUCUGGAAGGCGACGUAUACGCUUUGCAAUGGCGAGAUGCUGCUCCGAAUGACCCUCCGGAUAUUAGUGGUCUACCAUCAAUCGACCAGGCUCUCUAUCUUUUCAACACAGUCAAGUUCCACCUCGGGCAAAUCUACAGAUUCUUCGAUGAUGAAGAGACAUUUGUGCGUCAUGUACGGGAAUUUUACCAGGGUGAUGCAGUGGUGAAAGCAAGUGAAUGUCGUUUAUGGUUUGUGCAAUUUCUACUUGUUUUGGCUUUUGGAAACGCGUUUUUGUCACGAUCAAGAGGCACCAAUGAUCCUCCUGGCUCAAAGUUCUUCGUGCGUGCGACAUCCCUGAUGCCGGACCUUGCAUCCUUGUGGGAGGAUAGCUUGCUAGCCAUUGAAGUUUUGGCUAUGAUGGGGUUAUAUCGGUAUUCGAUCGAUUAUAGGGAGUCGGCACAUGUCUAUGUUGGUCAAGCAAUACGCAUAGCGCAAUUGGGAGGAUUGCACACUCAACUACCUGAAGAAGAACUUGGUUCAAGAACAUUGACAAGAUGCCGAAAUCUAUGGUGGACUUUAUACAUUAUGGAUCGGCAUUUUUCAUCAUCUGUUGGGAUUCCAAUGACAACGCACGAUUGUGAUAUAAGUACUCUAGUCGACCCGUCGCAGCAAGACACCACACUCAGUCUUCAAGUCAAGCUGUCACGAAUGCUCUCGACGAUUCUGGCGACAAUCUACAAAACUGAAAGGAUGCAGCUGGGAAUUUUCCUGGAACAGACACGAUCAAUCCUGCAUACAAUGGCAGGCCAUGCCCAAGAAAUUGAAAAGAUCAUUCAUCUCAAGUUCCAGAACUCAUUAGAUACCAUGCCUAGAGGUACGCGCCAUAUAACUUUGUCAUAUCACCAGUGUGUCAUUGUCGCUACGCGCCCCCUUCUCCUAUCAAUUCUAAAGGAACGACUCGAGAAACUAGAUCAUGGAGAAGAAGACUGGCAGAGCUUCCUGGCCCCGACCAAGGCGUUGAUUAACACCGGGAUAAAAUCAGCAGUCAAAACGCUUCAGAUACUUUCGGAUGAGGAUAGUCUUCUCGAGGUAUUCCUGCCAUUUGAGCUAGAGUUCACAUACGGCGCCGCUAUAUACCUGACAAUGACAAGAACGCUCUUCCCACGGGUCGCCGAUGGCGAGGCGGGUAGUCAUAAUGCACACUCAAUCCUAGAUGAGAUGAUCAGCAAGGGAAACAAGCUGGCUGAAGUCCGGAAGAUUGAGUUGACACAGAUCGAGUCUCUUUUCCAGCAAUUGGCGGCGCGAAUCGAACAGCAAGGUCUUCAAACCCUGACAUUGUCAAGUCCUGAGCAGAGUAUCGUCAGUGCCAGCACUGUCUAUAACAACAUCAAUGAUAAUGAUGAUCAAGGACAAGAAGAUCUCGCAACUGCAACCGCAAUUGAUCCUCAGACAGUCGUACACUGCAUGCCCGGGGAUUCUCAAUCACCGUCAGGCCUGCUUCCCCAGGAUACAAGCGAUCUUGAAUUUCUCGAGAAUAUUGGGAUAUCGUCUUAUGAGUUUCUUUCGAUUGUGGAUGGUAUUGAUGAUAAUUUCGGUAUUUUGGAUCCAGGACAGGGCUGGGAGGGAUGAUGCUGUGUUUUAAUAUAUCCCAAUGGUUCAUUCCUUGUGGCUUUUAAAAAGCCCAAUUAUACAAAGUCAAGUACAUAUGAGAUGCUAAUUCAGACUGAAAAAUAACAACAUGUGGGCUCCUCCCGGG